CCCCCGCCGGUCCCACCGCCGGUGCCGUCGGUGCCGCCGCCGCCGCCGCCGAUAUGGCGCGCACGGCCCCUGUGGAGCCACCGCUGCGGCAUCCCGCGCCCCCGUCGCCGGCUGCGGGAGAGCCCCGCGCCUCGGUUGAGGCAGCGGUGGCCCCGCGGAGAGUGCUGUUCGCUGACGAGGCCCUGGGGCUGCCUCUGGCGCAGCUACGCCGCUACCGGCCGUGGGGCGGGCCCGGGGCGGGCAAGAUGGCGGCGGCGACCGGGCAAGAUGGCGGCAGCGGCGGGGCUGAUGAGGACGAUGAUGGCGAGGAUGGGGAUGAAGGGGAGGAGGAGGAAGAGGAGGCUUGCCCUGAUCCCUCGCCGCUGUGUCCCGUUCCCGCUGGCGGGGGGUUUUACUUGGUGCCCACAUUUUCGUUGCCGCCCGCGCUGGGCCGUCUGGAGCGGUUGGGGCGCGUGAUGGUGGAGCUGGAGGCGCUGCUGCCGCCUCCUGGAGCGGUCCCCGGGGGUUCCGGGGUGUGGGUGCCUGGGGGGCGCCCGCCGGUGGUGCGCGGGUUGGUGCGCGUGCUGAACCGCUCCUUCGAGAAGGCGGUGCACGUGCGGGCCUCACACGACGGCUGGGCUUCCUUCUGCGACCACCCAGCGCGCUAUGUCCCACGCAGCCCCCCGGGGGCAGGAGUGGGAGGAACAGGAGCAGGAGAUCCCCUCCUGGAUCCGGGUCUAGGCCUGGGCCCUGGCCAGAUGUCUGCCUCCUCACCCGACGACGGUGGCCGCACUGACCGUUUUGCCUUCCAGCUGCCCUUUGCUGAGGGUGCGGGAGAUGGGGCGCGCCUCGACUUCGUGGUGCGCUAUGAGACCCCCGAGGGCACUUUCUGGGCCAACAACCAUGGCCGCAACUACACUGUCCUGCUCCGGAUCGCACCCGCUCCCACACCCACUGAUGCCGAAGGGCUGCCCCAGCAGCAGCAGCUGCAGCAGCUGGAGCCACAGCCUGAGUGCCAGGGUCCUGUGGAGGCUGAGGCCAGGCAGCUGAAGAGCUGCAUGAAGCCGGUGAGGCGCAGGCCUCUUGAGGAAGAGCAGAGAAUGAAGAACAUGGAUGAUAAUACCCUUGUGGAACAUCCUGAUGUUCGAGAGUCGCUGGGUCCCCUGGUUGCCCCCACCCCUCUCCGUCCCUGGCCCCAGAUGACACUUCAGGUCUCUGAAGUUACAGCGAACAACCCUCAAGAAGAAGGUGACGUCCCCAGAAGCAAUCCACCUGUGGCUUUUACAGAGGUCCUCCAGAUACCAGCCAUCAGGAUCCCUCCAUCUACCUAUGGCCUGGGUGGCCCCCCCAGGGACCAGGCCUCAGGGCCCGAUGCAAGUGAUAGAGCCACUGGACCCUUCCUGGAACCCAGUCAGCAACAGGUGGAGGCCGCGUGGGAAAGUGGAGGGGGUCGAAAGGCCCCCAUGGUGGGGGCUAUGGCAGAGGAGCCCCCUCGGGGUCUGGAGAUUGUGAGCGGGUUGGAGGAGUUGCUUGGUGAAGACACCAUUGACCAGGAGUUGGAGCAGCUCUACCUGUCCCACCUCAGCCGCUUGCGGGCUGCUGUGGCAGCAGGGGGCGGCGGGGAGGGCUCUACAGAUGGGGGAACCUCCCCCAGCCAUCCCCUGGGCAUGCUCACCGACCGGGACCUGAUCUUGAAGUGGCCUGGCCCUGAGAGAGCCCUGAACAGUGCCCUAGCCGAGGAGAUCACGCUGCACUAUGCACGCCUGGGGUGUGGCGUGGAGCUCAUCAAGGACACUGAAGACCCUGAUGAUGAGGGGGAGGGCGACGAGGGGCUCUCCAUCACUCCCUCUAGCCCUGAAGGAGACAGUCCUAAGGAAUCACCUCCAGAAAUCCUCUCUGGGGCACGCUCUGUCGUAGCGAUGGGAGAUGUGUGGCUCCCAUGGGCUGAGGGCUCUGGAUGUGACAGCCCUGUGGUUCUGGGAACACAGGGACAGUUUACUGAGAAUCCAGAGAAAGAGAUGGGCAAGGACAUCGACUCUUUGCACAUGAAUAGGCCCAUAGUUGGGAUGACCGGGUCCCCAGGGGAGGCUGGGACAGAAGCCCAGAUGGAGGUUCCUACUGAGUGGGCAGGCAGCUUGAUAUCUGUCUCUGAUACGGAACCGGAACCGGAACCAGAGCCGGCUGCACCAGCUCUGCCAGAGCAGAGUCCCGCUCUCCUUCGUCCCCCGGGCACUGAAGUCUGUCUGUCUAGUGUAGCCAACUCUCACGUGGUCUCCCAGGAUGAAGAGGGUGGAAGCCUAAAUCUUGAGUCCCCAGAGAGGUCGCCCAUGCCAGCAGCCCCUGCACAAUGUAUGUGUGGAUUGGCUCCUCAGCUUCGGGGGCCCUUGACCCAAACUCUGGGUGUCCUGGCCGGGCUAGUUGUGGUCCCUGUGGCUUUGAACAGUGGUAUGUCCCUUCUGGUGCUUGUGCUGUGCCUCUCUCUGGCCUGGUUCUCGUAGGGACUGCCCGUAGGAUCAAUGACAGCAGAUCUCCUCUUUGGGGUCUGGAGAUUGGCAGUCCCUCUGUCACCCCAAAGAGUUGAGAUGAGAUCUGUGGCCUGUGUCGUGAGGGACUUUGGUCCUUUGAUUUUGAGAGUGCUCGACUGGAGAGAGGCCUUCCCGUCUCGGAGCUCUCUCGUCAGCACCAGGCUUCCCGCAGUAGUACUUGUGGAGUGGAAAAGAAUGGUGGACCGUGUGAGAAAUUUUAGAAUGGAACCAGGCAUGCCCCCCCACCCACCCCAAGCCUGUAUUUAUUUUUGUAUAAUUCUCUGGAUGAGGGAGAGUGGUCAUGAGCUGGUCUUGGGGCACAAUUACCCAGAGAUAUAUUUAUUAACAGCCAAUCUGUGCAACCUGCUGGAGCUUUAUUUUUAAUUUAAUUUAUAUAGAGUACCUAUUAUUAUAUGCCACAAUAGAGCUCUAUGAGAAAUGAUGUGUCUUGCUGUGCUGGUCUCCUGUUUGGGCCUAAGUGUGUAGGGUGGCCACAUUCUGGGGAAUGACCAUGAUCCAUGGUGGGCAUGGAGAUGGCCAUGGCCAUGCCUACUUCUGCCUCCUCAAUGUGUUCUGGAGGAUCUGUAUCCCUUUGCCUUGUGGUCCUAAUAUAUGUGGUCCUUUGGUCGUGCA